AAUACCGUUGAUGUAAUACACGCAUACGUGUAGUAGUGGUUGUAGCCUGUAAUACUUUUGGGCGGCUCUACUAGACUAUAAUUUGGUUGUGGCUCAACCGUCGAAACGAUCUACUGAGGAAAAAACUGCUAAGUGUGGACGGCUCGUUUUUAGAGGCGUACUCACGGAGGGGAGGGGUCUCAUGAGCUUUGAACCUCCCCCAUUGGCCGUAUUUUUUAAACUAUUUUGUAUGCGUAUCACAGUAUAAUAUUUUACUACCAACAAUAUCACGAUUAUUGAUUACAUAAUGAUUAACCGAUUAAAUUAAUAUAAUAAAUACAAAUACAAUUAAUAAUUGAUUACUGAUUAUGAUAGUGGUUAAUAAUUAAUUAGUUACCAAUACCACAGUUAUCAAGUCGGAUUGGAGCUCGAUCCUAGAACUAGAUUUAUGGCACGGCUGCGCUAUCAAUUUGGUUUUAUCGUGUAUUGUGAUAAUGUGAUGAUAACGUUAGCGUUUGCUUUCAUUCGCUUAAUUAAAAUCUUUCUGUUUCUGUGUUUGUACUUACUACUUACUAGUUUACUUCUUAGUUCUUUUAGUUUUUAUAUUUCUUUAACUAAAAUAACUACCUACCUAUCAUUAAUAUAACGGAAGAUAAAACGCCAACGAUAAUGAAAGAUCAGCAAGUCUUAAUGAGCUCAUUUGACAAAAUCUUAUCAUGGAAGAGAGAAAGAGAGUUUCUUGCAGAUUCUAAAAUCGUUAAGUCGAUGUUGAAAAAUAUAGGAAUAGAUGAAUUUGACAAGGAUGUUGUUGACAGCCUGAUGGAAUUUAAUAAUUACGAUUUCAUAGCACUAAUUUUGGAACAAGCCAAAGAACGCGCAGCAAAUGCUAAUAAGAAUAAAGUUUGCGUUAAUGAUAUCCAAAGAUCAAUACAAGUGUUAAAACACGUCGGAUUUCCUGGAAAUAAUAAACUAAAGAUUGCAAGUCCGUUGCUUCCAAAUAAUCCGACCAGCGAGUUGGAAAAUUCACUAGAUGGACCACAUUUUUCAGCAAAAAAUGAUAUGAACAUCAUUGACAACAUAGCUUCUGAAAUAAUAAAUCUGGCUGAACAAAAACUGGUUACUAAAAACACUGAUAUUCCUACACAAAAUGAUCAAAACUUGGAUAAUUUACCUGAAUUAACAGGUAUGGAUAUUGAAGAGAUUCUUAAAAAUCCAACAGGUAUGGAUUAUGAAGAGCCUAUUGAAAAUCCACAAAAUAACAAAGAAGAAAUUAAACACAAGGUCGAUGGUUUUAAUGUAGAAGCUCUAUUAAACGACCCUUAUUUAAUAUAAUUUAUAAUUUUUAACAUGUAAUCAGUAAUAUAAUUGAGAAAUAUUUUUUAUAUGGGCAUCAAAUUAUAGGAAAAUUGGUUGUAGCAAUUUUGUAUAUUAAUUAUAAUUCAUAAAAAAAAUAUGUAUUCAUUGUCUAAUUAAUUUGUAAAUAACUGUAUUACACGUGUAACUGAUUUUAUCUCAAGUAUUAAUUAAUGAUUACUGAUUUUUGUUUUAUAAAGUAUUGUUAACUUUCUUGAUUGACCUCUCAAAAAAAAGAAAAUACACCACUUAGACUUAAUAUCAUGACUUUAUUUAAAUUUAACAACAUACAGACAAUGACGGUCUGGCCUCAGGACAACCUGGUCAAGAACGGUCUCCAACGCAAGGUCUCUAACCAACUGCUAUAACAUACCUAGUUUCUAUUACAUAAUAGUUAAUGUUGUCUCCCUUAGCGGUGGGAGAAGAUAUGGUUUCGUGCCAUAGUCAUACUUUACAGUACAAU